AAUUGUGAGCAGCAAUGUUGCGAUUGCAAUCAGCUGUUUGCUUGACUGCGCGCGCUUCUUCCAACGAAUCAUAGAUCGCAUUUUUACUCGAGGUUUAGUUUGAGGAAAUCAUUAAACAGGAAAGCUCCGUAUACACAUGAGUCAAUUUGCGAGUCGCGUUGUUUCUGUCAGAAGAACAUCGACGUUCAACUGUUUCGCACGGCGCUUUCACUUAUCGUCACAAAAAAUGGUUAUUUCCGUUGGAGAUAAAUUACCCAGUGUGGAUCUUUUUGAGAACACGCCAAAUGACAAAGUAAAUAUAGCACAGAUUGCUGCUGGAAAGAAAAUCAUCGUAUUUGGUGUACCAGGUGCAUUCACACCUGGUUGCUCAAAGACUCAUCUUCCUGGUUAUGUUACAAAAGCAGAAGAGUUGAAGUCUAAAGGAAUUGCAGAGAUUUUCUGUGUCAGUAUUAAUGAUCCAUUUGUAAUGGCAGCAUGGGGAAAAGAACAGGGAGCAGCAGGAAAAGUACGGAUGUUGGCUGAUCCCAAAGGAGAAUUUACAGAUGCCAUGGAACUUGGUAUAGAUCUGCAAGUGUUGGGUGGCAAACGCAGCAAACGUUAUUCCAUGGUUGUUGAAGAUGGGACUGUAAAAGACCUCAAUGUUGAGCCAGAUAACACUGGCUUAUCUUGCUCAUUAGCAGACCGCAUUAAAGUUUAAAGAGCUAUUUUAAACAUAUCAGUUUUGCUUUUUUUUUCAUAACGUUAAUAUUGUUAUUAUGCAAUAUUUAUCCCUUUUAUUCUUCUAUUUCUGCGAUAGAACUAUUGUGAUACUUUUAUUUGAAAUAUUUACAGUGUAAUAGAAAUGCUUUGUAGCAUAUACUUCCGUAAAAUUAGUUACGUAAGAAUGACAGAAUGUUGACGAACUGUGUAUGAGACAGUAUUUCACAUAAAUUUAUUAAAGAUUUAUUAAAACCAUA